CGAGGAGAGAAGUCCAGCGAUUUUUCGGUAGUAGGGAGUUGUAGCAACCGAUUCGCUUUCAGACGGAGCGGUCGCUCACGCUAAUCUUGAGUGUGGGUGGAUAUGAAACCCUCCUGUCCGAUUAAGGGCCCUCGCGACGCCUGCUGUGAUCGCUGGCAUUGCCAUGUCUGCUCCUUCGCCCGGGUGCCAUUCCUCUUACUGGGCUGUUUGCUGCUGGCAGUAGCAGUCACUGUGUUGUGUGUUGGUUGUCUGAUCUUCGUAUCGGCAACAGGGGACAGACCACUAAGGAGGAGGACUGAAUUUCUGUGGAGUAUUACCUCCAAUUGGGGAACCCAGCCGGGUGCUAGGUUUCUUCAGGAGGACUCCGUAAGUGCCGCCGCUUCAGCUCCGCCCCUUUCGCAAUCGUCGGCAUGGGACUCGAACACAGAACCGCUGCCGGGAGUAGAUCCACCGUCGUUAGCAAACGGUUCUGCCACGCUCCUGGUGUCGCAUCCCUUGCCGGGAAAUUCCACUGACUCCCAUCUAUGUCGGUCGGAUGUAAAGAAUCUGGUCGUGGUUUCGUCAGGCAAUGAACAACAACUGUACUAUGUCCUGCACCAGUACUGCUCGAGAGAUGGUUUUGACACAGAUUAUUCGAUGUCGAUCAGAAAAGCGAACCUAUCGACAUCGCAGCACUUUGAGGAGGCCAGCGGCUCGAGCCGACAGGAUGACGAAACCGCAAUAAUAACGCAUAUGUGGCCGUACGACCAGCCGAACGGGUCAAGGAUUCCAAGCGGGACGGAUUUGAACGGGAAACGUAUGGCUCGCGUGUCUGGGAUGGGUCUGUCCAAAGAUGGGGCUCAUCUACUCCUCAGCGUAACGAAUGGAAACACGUAUCGGCUGCGAUACACGUACGGCGAAAAUCCUUCCAUUUGCACUUCUUUGUCUCUAACUGACGGCUCUCGAUCGUCCUACCCGUGGCCCAAUUCAGUCCAGUCUUGGGCGUUGAACUCCAAGAUGGGUUAUCUCUACUACUCGUCGGAAGAUGUUUUCCUAAGGCAAAUCGGUGUUGAUGAUUCCGGACUUCCAGCAUAUUCGGAGAAAGGAGGCACGUCAUUCUGGGGACUACUUCCUGGCGCGAAGUUCCAAUCUCAAAGCCUUGUUUCGGAUAGCAGUUGCCUUUACUGUCUGCAGACUGAUGGCCGAGUGCUAGGGCUCAAUCUUCUAGAACCCGCCAGAACUGAAGUAGCCAGCGUAAAUAUCUUUUACGACGAUGUGUAUGAGGUGGUCUCAACGCCGGACGGAUGCCACGUGUUUGCAUCGAUGGGACAUUCAGUUGUUGUCCAUACCGUCGUCUCCCCCUGCAAUAGGGCGAGCAGAUGGCUGGGAAGCAUAAAUCAUCCCAAAUCGAUGGACUUCGUAGGAUUGGCUCUUCACGAUGACGGUGAGCGGUUGAUCCUGUUCAUGGGAACCAGCGAUGGCAAAUUGUUUCGGGUACCGCUGAGCAGAAACCGUCGUCGUCAAGCUCGCCAGCAGCAUUCCAUCCUUGCCGGACCGUCGGGGGCUUCGUCUUCACAGGACUUCAGUGCAUGGCCCGCUUGGGGACUCAGGCCCUCACGCGUCAACCGGUUCGAUUUGAAGACCCUGUCGGACUGCACGGACAAUUUCAGUGAGACCCGUCGAAUCGGGGAGAGAGGGGCCUUCGGGAAAGUCUACAGGGGUUCGCUUGACGGCAAGGAGGCGGCAAUCAAGGUGAUGACCGGUGAGCUCACGGACACCAAACGCAACCAGUUCGUGGCGGAGGUGAACACCCUCAGCGCAGUUAAUCACGUCAACCUCAUCCAGCUAAUGGGGUACUGCCAGGAGGUCAAUMAGUGYAUCYUGGUGUACCCUUUUUUCCGAGGCGGCUGCUUAUACGAGCGGCUGUUCCCUAACAGGCAUAAUAGAAGGGGCUUGGAGGAGGCGGAUUCUCUUCCGCCCCUCACUCUCCAAGAKCGCAUGAGCAUCACCUUUCAGGUCGCCAAAGGGCUCUGGUAUCUCCAUGAUGACGCCAAGCCUCCCAUCAUCCACCGUGACAUCAAGAGCCACAACGUCCUUCUUGGCCAUGGCUGUGGGGAGRCACUCCACGUAGUCCUUGCUGAUUUCGGAUUGGCGUCCAUAGGGGAAAGAGUGUUAGACACUGGGCACGACCAUGUGGUGCUCACAUCUCACAUCGGUGGCACCUUUGGGUACAUGUCCCCAGAGUACAUGGUGGGAGGGGAGCUGUCUGAGAAGAAUGAUGUGUACUCCUUUGGGGUUCUUGUGCUGGAGCUGCUGACUGGAAGAAAGGUGGUGACACCGGCCCCUUCUGGGCUAGGAUGGCAGACCCUCGUGGACUGGGUGAAGCCUUUCUUGAGGGGUGGAGGUGAAAAUGGCCAAGAUCCCAGCUUGGACAUGCCAAAUGUGAUUCUUGACCGCUGUUUGUGGGAUCAGGUGGCCGGAGACUCGACAAAGCAGAUGGUGAUGACCACUUUCAGGUUGGCUUGGGAAUGCGUCCAUGAAGAGUAUGGGUCGAGGCCCGCAAUGCGGGCUGUUGUGAAGCGCAUUCACAGCAUGUUUCUCGAUGAAGGUUGGGAUUUCUUGACCAGGACCAUGGACAUGGAGAACCUUCUGGCCAUGCCACAGGCAGAGGAUGGCAUGCAGGGGGAGGACGAGGAUGAGACCCAACAGCAUUCUAACGUGUUCCUCCCCGGCGGGGGCAUAAAAGAUGGCACCGUAGUAGAUCCAAGGUGAGUACUAGAAUGUAGGCGCUUGGAAAUGC